CGCGGGCGCGGGCGGCGCGGGCCAGGAGCCGAGGACGAGGGGCCACGGGCAGGGCCGACCGGCCGGCGGGCGGAGCGCCGCCGCCGACGCACACGAGGAGGCCCUUUGCCCAGGAUUUCAGCAUUUGGUGGACAACUGUCCUUUUGUGGAAAGAACGCUGGUGUCAAGCCUGUUUCCUGCACGUGCCAGACCCUAACCUCUCCGUGCCUCAUUUUCCUUGCCUGUAAGGUGGAUUGGUGGAGGUAUUUAAGAUAAUGCUUGUCAGCCGUUCUUAAAGUGGUUUGCAGCCGCUGGCCGUCCCCAAGACCCUUUUCAUAACACUUAGAAGUUACUGGCCUUUGUCUCCGUGUUGACGCUGCACCAAUAGUGCAAAGCGAUGGUGGGUGGCCCUGCCUGUGGUCCACAGCAGCCCGUUGGUGCUCGGGACCAAGACUGGCCGUCUUACUCCCGCGUGUCCCCGGAGGCAGUGCAGAUGACUGAGGAGUACCUCUAGAGCCCGGAGCACACGGCUUUUGAGCAUUCGUCUGUGUGGUGAAAUGGAGAGUGCACAGGGGGCUCUUCUGCCGCAGGCUGACGUGUGGUGGUUGUCUCCAGGAGAAGCACUUCACGUUUGUGUGGGCUGUGUGCUGAACUAGCUGCUUUUUCUCAUGGAACAUUAUUUUUACUUGAAAGAAUGACUGACAGCCAAGGUGUGCUUAUUCAGACUUGGAGAAUUUGUGAGACAUUUUCUCAAAUGAGCAAAGUGAGCCUUGCCACUUUAGGGAAAACAACUGACGAUAUUUGUUGCCAGUAGAAGAGCCCUCAAGGGAAAAGGAGAACUCUGGAAAACUUUUCCUGCGCUGCGAGCCUGACUUAAAGACUUCUGAGAUCAGCGGUGAUGUUAACACGUGGCUAUUUUUCGUCUUGUAUAGUGAAAUGUGGUAACAUUUGGAAGAUCUGAUUAACUCAGUGAACCAGUAUUUUGCAAAUGACCUGUGCUUGAUGUUACAGAGUCGGAGGUGAGGUGACCAGGCAUUGAUGCACCCCCAGGGAGGCCACGUACUCAAGGAGGCCACCCCCGCUGGCUGCUGCUCACAUGGUUUCUGGGCCCCUGGCACUCCGGUGGUGCGCGUGGGCAGGGCGCGGGGACAUGGGGCCCGACAUGGAGCUGCCCAGCCACUCGAAGCAGCUCCUGCUGCAGCUCAACCAGCAGAGGACAAAGGGCUUUCUGUGUGACGUCAUCAUCAUGGUGGAGAACUCCAUCUUCCGGGCCCACAAGAACGUCCUGGCUGCCAGCAGCAUUUACUUUAAGUCCCUGGUCCUGCAUGACAACCUCAUCAACCUGGACACAGACAUGGUCAGCUCCACAGUGUUCCAGCAGAUCCUGGACUUCAUCUACACGGGCAAGCUGCUGCCCAGCGACCAGCCAGCCGAGCCCAACUUCAGCACUCUCCUCACUGCCGCCAGCUACCUCCAGCUGCCCGAGCUGGCAGCCCUCUGCCGCCGCAAACUCAAGCGAGCCGGCAAGCCCUUUGGCUCUGGACGAGUGGGGGCCACCGGCAUGGGGCGGCCCCCCCGCAGCCAGCGGCUAUCCGCAGCCUCCGUCAUCCAGGCCCGGUAUCCAGGGCUUGUGGAUGGGCACAAGGGGGCCCACACUCCCCAGGAGCUCCCCCAGGCCAAAGGCUCAGAUGACGAGCUCUUCCUCAGCAGCUCGAACCAGGAGAGUGCUCACGGCCCGGGCCGGACCGUCUGUCCAGCCAGCGGGGAGGCCGGUCUGGGCGGCUGCAGUACUAAUGGGAGCAGUGCGGGCUGCGAGCAGGAACUGGGCCUAGACCUGUCUAAGAAGAGCCCCCCCCUGCCCCCCACGACCCCCGGUCCCCCACUCACCCCAGAUGACCCGGCCCAGCUAAGCGACAGUCAGCAUGGCUCGCCCCUCUCGGCCUCUGCCCUUCCCGUUGCCAACAGUGCCUCUUAUGCCGAACUGGGGGGCACUCCUAAUGAGCCCAUGGAUCUGGAGGGGGCCGACGACAACCACCUGAGCCUGCUGGAGGGGCCCGGUGGGCAGCCCCGGAAGAGCCUCCGGCACUUGGCCCGCAAGAAGGAGUGGAGCAAGAAGGAGCCCAUGGCAGGUUCCCCCUUUGAGCGGAGAGAAGCGGGGCCCAAGGGCCCCUGCCCCGGGGAGGAGGGUGAGGGGCUCGGGGACAGGGUUCCCAAUGGCAUCCUGGCCAGUAGUGUGGCAGGGGGUGGCCCUGGCGGGCCCUACGGGGAGCCCCCGUACCCCUGCAAGGAGGAGGAGGAGAACGGCAAGGAUGGGAGCGAGGACAGCGGGCAGAGCGGAAGCGAGGGGGGCAGUGGCCACAUGGGCGCCCACUACGUGUACCGGCAGGAGGGCUACGAGACGGUGUCCUAUGGGGAUAACCUGUACGUGUGCAUCCCCUGCGCCAAAGGCUUCCCCAGUUCCGAGCAGCUCAACGCCCAUGUGGAGACGCACACGGAGGAGGAGCUGUUCAUCAAGGAGGAGGGUGCCUACGAGACGGGCAGCGGGGGCGCAGAGGAGGAGGCCGAGGACCUGUCGGCGCCCAGCUCGGCCUACGCGGCUGAGCCCCGGCCCUUCAAGUGCUCCGUCUGCGAGAAGACCUACAAGGACCCGGCCACGCUGCGGCAGCACGAGAAGACGCACUGGCUGACACGGCCCUUCCCCUGCAACAUCUGCGGCAAGAUGUUCACUCAGCGCGGCACCAUGACACGCCACAUGCGCAGCCACCUGGGCCUGAAGCCCUUUGCCUGCGAUGAGUGCGGCAUGCGCUUCACCCGCCAGUACCGCCUCACCGAGCACAUGCGCGUGCACUCGGGCGAGAAGCCCUAUGAGUGCCAGCUCUGCGGGGGCAAGUUCACCCAGCAGCGCAACCUCAUCAGCCACCUGCGCAUGCACACCUCCCCCUCCUAGAAGCCAAAGACCCUUCUCCUGGCCUGAGGGCACCCUCUGCAGACUCGCCCUCGGGAGCCAGCGGAA